CUCGAUCUAUCUUCAACUGUACACGGUUGCCCUUUCGCCUUCGCUGGAGCACCUACGGUAUCUUCGCGCACACUCUACUUUCCUAACGAACGGCGUACGCACCGUUCAAAAACUUGGUGACUGGAGUCGCGAGAGAUCCUGUGAUUGACCUGACGUACCAACUUCCCGUCUCAAGUCUGGUUCCCAGCAUUGCGAGGUAGGAUAUCAUGACCAUAUCACCAGUCAUUCUUUUUCUUUCCUUCCUUUAAGUUGUUGUUCUUCUCUCCCACAGAACCGUCUCUUUUCUACUCUUUCAUACAUGUCAUCCAGUGGUGAUCCUCCGCAGGACGACACUUCGCGUGGCCGCGAGAGCAGAGAUUCCAGCUCGCGCCGAUCCUCCAAUAUCAUCGAAUUUGUCGAUAGCCAGAACCCAAAUGUCAGAAGUGCCAUUCAGCGGCACACCGCAUAUCACUCGGCGGCGCAACGUCGAGAAGCGCGCUCGCGACUGCUCCGGCGGUCGAGCCAGACUCGCUAUUUUGAAUGGACCAGACGUCCCAGGGGAGACGCAGAUGUCGCAACCUCUUCAGCCAGCAGUGCCAGUUCGGUGUCAAUUUCGCCGGCACCGUCGCUGCCCGGAAGACCGGAACCGCCCAGUCGCACGACCAGUGACGAACAAGAAGCCGUUUCAUCGACAAGUGAAGCGGCCGCAGAUUCCACGGUCGAAAUGCUACCACCCACAUCUCAGAUAGCCAUCUCUGCGGAUGACUCUGUUCUAGAAUUUUUCAGAGCCACUUUUUGCGAUCAUUAUCAAUCAGGUGACGUGUUGGAAUCAGCACUGGCAUUUAUGCUUGAGAACGAAGCUUCUCGACACCUGUUCAUCGCCUACGCCUACGCAAUGCGGAGGUCGCGUGCAGUUGCCGAGGAAAGUUCUCAAGACCAAGUGGGAGCGGAAAGAAAUCUCGGUCGAGGUACUAACAUUCUGUGGAACCGGCUCCAGAUGCCGGGACAUGCCAGUUCUGACGCCAACAUUCAGGCGGUUCUUCUGCUAGUGGCGUACACAGCCGACUUCGGGGACGCCAACGAGGUUCGUCUCCAUGCAGAGGCACUGAGGACGAUGAUCGACCAGCGUGGCGGUGUCGAUGCCUUCACUCAUAACCUUGCACUACAGCAUCAGAUAUGGGCGAUAGAAGUGUCGCGACGGUUCCAUUUGACCUUGGACUGCGAGUCGACCUGCCCGGAUCCACUUCGGUUUCCUGACGGUCUUCGACUGCGACGGGGAGGGGAGGAAAGUUGA